AUGCCGCCCAUCGCUCGACCCCGCCGCCUCGUCGGCGUCUCGCUGAAGAUGUACUUCGACCUGCCCAGCACGCUCUCCUACAUUCGCGGCGUCUUGCAACUCGACGGAGACGCCUGGAACGCGCGCAUAGAUCUCUUCGUCAUUCCCGACUUCGUCUCCCUCACCGAGUCUGCCCGCAUCCUCGAGCCCUCGUCCAUCAUCCUGGGUGCGCAAGAUACCUUUUGGGAAGACAAGGGCGCAUACACAGGCGAGGUCAGCCCGCUGGUGCUACGCCAGGCAGGAGCAAGGAUAGUAGAGAUUGGCCAUGCUGAGCGCAGAGCCGCAUUCGGUGAGACGGACGAGACGGUCGCGAACAAGGCUGGUGCAGCAGCAAGAAACGGCCUGAUACCGCUGGUGUGCAUUGGCGAGAAGACACACCACAGCGUCGCAUCGGCAGCUGUGGGUGCAGCUAUACAAGAAUGUAAACCCCAGGUCAUGUCAGUGCUGGCUGCAGUGCCGGACGACACCGAGGUGAUACUGGCUUACGAGCCCGUGUGGGCCAUUGGCGCAAAGGAGCCCGCUGACCCCGACCAUGUUGUGAAUGUGACAAAAGAGCUUAGGAACAUGGCUGCUGGUAGGACCGGGACCACGAGGAUUGUCUACGGAGGGAGCGCUGGGCCCGGCACCUUUGCCAAGAUUUCCGAAGGCGUUGACGGCUUGUUCUUGGGUCGGUUUGCGCAUGAUAUCAAGAAUUUGAACAAGGUCAUUCAAGAGCCUUCUAUGUCACGUUACGAGACUUCAACAUCUACUACCACGUCCUCGACCGGUCAUCAUCAUUACGAUACCUCUAAUUCUAAUAACAACUCCAACGGAAGCGGUCUCUUUGACAACCACGUCGCGUGUAUGACUUCCAAUCACGAUCACAAGUACGCAACGAACGACGCCCACCUCGGCGCGACUACAGCUAGAGACGCAGAGACUCUAUCAGCUGGAUCAACUGCGAGAAACGAGUCAACGACUAGAAUGAUGGACGGGCCCAACGCUUUGGAGAAAGACUUCUCUCGGCAAGAACCUUACGGCAAUGGAUAUGGCGGACAAACGCACCUCGACGCCUCGGUCGAUUCUGGUACUGCAUUGCAUCAGAUCCGGACAGCGGGUAGUAUCUCGAUCUCUCCAGAGCUAUUUGAGAAACUAUAUCUGUCACCACCAAACAAAGUAAAAGGAGAUCUGCGGAAGACAUUCGGUAACCCGACGCCUCUUGCUCUCAUCGGCUUCCUGUUGUCCUUGCAUCCUUUGAGCAUGACCCUCAUGGGAUGGCGUGGUGCUGGUGGAAGUGGAGCGGCAAGCACCGGAUGGUACUACUUUGCGGGUGGUCUGCUCAUGAUUCUCGGUGGUGUUGGUGAAUGGAUUCUUGGCAACACCUUCCCCUUCGUUGUCUUCUGUUCCUUCGGUGCCUUCUGGCUUGGUUUCGCUGCCACACUCCAACCCUUCUACAACUCAUAUGGCGCGUACGCCAAUGCGAACGUCGCAGGCAGCACAGGUCUAGAAUCUGUUGGCUUCAACGUCGGCCUUGCAUAUUUCCUCAUCAUGAUGGGCCUUCUAUGCCUAGUCUACCUCAUCUGCUCCAUCCGCACGAACUUGAUCUUCUUCCUUAUCUUCUUCACUCUUGUGCCCGCUUUCGGCCUUCUGGCGGGCAGCUAUCUCCAGGCUGCAAACGGUCGAGCAGCUCUUGCUGCCAAGCUUGCUGAGGCUGCUGGUGCAUUCUGCUUCGUUACCUGCCUCUGUGGUUGGUACAUCUUCUUAGCCAUUAUGCUGGCUAGUGUCGACUUCCCUUUGGAUCUUCCUCUUGUCGAUCUUUCGAGCGUAGUAAAGGGCGCCAGCGAGAAGCGCAAGGUGGAUCACAUGGAGUAG